GCUCUGAGCACAACAUGAUGAUUCUAAUUCAGAUUCAAACUUUCUUCUUCACAGGAACAAACAUUACAAACGACAAUGAGUUGAGGAUUGUGAUGGUGGGGAAGACUGGGACUGGGAAGAGCGCUACUGGAAACACCAUUCUGGGUCAAGAGAGCUUUGAAUCCAAAUGCAGCGCCAAAUCCCUGACUGUGAAAUGCUCUAAAGUCUCCAGUGAUGUGGAUGGACAGCAGGUUGUUGUCAUUGAUACUCCAGGUCUGUUUGACACCAAGUUUGAAAAGGACAAAACCACCGAAGAUCUGAGUCAGUGCGUCUCCUUUGCUUCUCCUGGACCCCACAUCUUCCUGGUGGUCUUUCCAGUGGGCAGAUCAGCAGAUGACGAAAAACAAUCAGUGCAAGUGAUUCAAGAGCUUUUUGGAGAGGCAGCAGACAGAUACAGCAUGGUUCUGUUUACCCGUGGAGAUGAUCUUGGUGAUUCCACCAUUGAAGAUUAUUUGUCUGAAAGCCCAGAGCUGCAGGAUCUGGUGUCCAGAUGUUACGGCCAGUAUCAUGUCUUCAACAACAAGCUGAAAGAUAAGAAACCUCAGGUCACUGAGCUGCUGAAGAAGAUCAGAACCAUUGUUGACAGAAAUGGAGGAAGUCACUACACCAAUGAGAUGUUCAAAGAGGCUGAGAGGAAAAUCGAAGAGGAGAAACAACGAAUCCUGAAGGAGAAAGAAGAGGAAAUACGUAAAGAGAAAAAAGAACUGGAGAGAAAAAAAGAGAUGGAUAAGGAAAGGAGGAGGAAUGAUGAGAAGAGGAAGUUUGAAGCCCUGGAAGCAAAGCAGGAGAGAGAAAUUCAAGACCCAAAAUCCAAGCUGCAGUCUGAGCAUGAAUCUGAUGCCAGAGGAGAAGCUGAACAAAUUAAUCCUGUCCUUCUUUUGGCUACACCUGGAGAGCACACUGGAACAAACAUUACAAACGACAAUGAGUUGAGAAUCGUGCUGAUGGGGAAGACUGGGACUGGGAAGAGUGCUACUGGAAACACCAUUCUGGGUCAAGAGAGCUUUGAAUCCAAAUGCAGCGCCAAAUCCCUGACUGUUGACUGCUCUAAAGACUAUGGUAAUGUGGAUGGACAGCAGGUUGUUGUCAUUGAUACUCCAGGUCUGUUUGACACCAGAUUUGGAGAAGAUAAAACCACCAAAGAUCUGAGUCAGUGCGUCUGUUACGCUUCUCCUGGACCCCACAUCUUCCUGGUGGUCGUUCCAGUGGGCAGAUUCACAGAAGAAGAAAAACAAUCAGUGCAAAAGAUCCAAGAAAUCUUUGGAGACGCAGCAGACAGAUACAGCAUGGUUCUGUUUAACAAUGGAGAUGACCUUGAAGGCACCAUUGAAGAUUAUUUAUCUGAAAGCCCAGAGCUGCAAGAUCUGGUGUCCAGAUGUAACGGCCAGUAUCAUGUCUUUAACAACAAGCUGGAAGAUAAGAAACCUCAGGUCACUGAACUGCUGAAGAAGAUCAGAACCAUUGUUGACAGGAAUGGAGGAAGUCACUACACCAAUGAGAUGUUCCAAGAGGCUGAGAAGAAAAUCGAAGAGGAGAAACAACGAAUCCUGAAGGAGAAAGAAGAGAAAAUACUUCUGUUCAUCAAAUGGUGGAUGUGA